UUUUCAGACGAACUUUCUCUAUAGUUAUGCUGAUUAAGCCGGAGCAGCGGCAACAGCAUUAUUAAUAAUAAAAAUCAAGUUAUUAAUAUGUAAUUUAAACAGACGAUUGUUUCUGUUGUAUUUUUGUUAUAAUCAUAUCUUUUUUUUUGUCGGAAACACAACAGCUGACAGAUCAUGGCAGCAGCAGUAAGUUGGGAGCUGGAUCCUAUUUUUCUGAAAGGCCUUGGAUAUCUCCACUCAAAAAGCAAAGAUUCUGCAGAAAAGCUAAAGGCACUUUUAGAUGAGUCUUUAGCAAGAGGGUGUGACUCAAGCUAUCGGCCAACUCAAAAGGAAGUAGAGGUUUCCAAGGUUUCCAUCUCAAAAAGUUCAAGCAAAGAAUCAAAAUCUUCCGCCUCGGGUAGCAACAGUGGCAAAACAGGUGGAUCUGAAAAAUCAAAGAAGGAAACUGAGAAGAGGUCCUCUGAAAAGCUUAAGGUGGAACCGGGUGAUGGAGCUGACUUACCGAAAAAGCCACGGUUGGAAAAACAGGAGAAUCGUUCUUCUCCCGUUACAGUUCAGACCAGCAAGGACAUUCCCAUGCCAGACCUCUCAAGCUUUGAUGAAACCAGUGCUGAUGAUUUUGCUAUGGAAAUGGGUUUAGCUUGUGUGGUGUGUCGGCAGAUGACGGUGACCUCAGGGAAUCAACUUGUAGAAUGCCAAGAAUGCCACAACCUCUACCACCAGGACUGUCACAAGCCACAGGUGACAGACAAGGAUGUGAAUGACCCACGCUUGGUUUGGUACUGUGCCCGCUGUACCAGGCAAAUGAAACGCAUGGCCCAGAAGACCCAAAAACCUUCACAGAAGCCUGCGCCGGCUGUCACUUCAGCAGCUCCUGUCGUAAAGGAUACUUUGGUCAAGAAACCUGAGGUCAAACCCAAACAAGAUGUGGCCACCACAUUCCAGGCAUUUAAGAGGACAGAAGUUAAGGCAUCCACGGCAGUUUCAGGGAACACCUCCAGUGCCAGUUCCUCUUUGUCAUCCGCUAGUGGCUUGACCGGAUGGGCUGCCUUUGCUGCCAAGACAUCUACAACGGGUCCUACUAGCACUAAACUUGGAGUGCCAACACAGAGCACUAGUGGGAAAGUGACUGCUUCAUCACCUAGCCAGAAACCAGUGGGUCUGUCAGGGCUGGCAAGUGCUAAAUCAGGACUUGGAUCCAAAAUUGUUGUUGGCAGUGGUGGAAACAACAACGGCGCUAGCCCUCCCCCCCUCAAACCCCCUCCUCCACUGACCCUUGGGAAGCCAGGCCUGAACCGAUCAUCAAGUAGCGACAAUGUGAGUAAGGUUGGUUCGCCGGGGUCCAGUGGCAGCACUGCAGCAAGUUCUAACCAGGCCAGCUGUGGAAACGGGGGCACUGGGGCAGCUGGAAGCACCAGUAACAAUGGAGGAGCAAAAGCAGCAGCAGAUGCUGGUAAAGUUCCAACUUCCCAGGAGUCUCAGCUCAACGCCAUGAAACGUCUCCAGAUGGUGAAGAAGAAGGCUGCACAGAAGAAGCUCAAAAAAUAAACAUGCCCCAUUCAUUCUGUUUUGGAAACACAAUACUUGAAUUCCUUAUAAAAAAAAAAAAAAAAAAAUACAUGCUGCUGUUCAUAUUGCUCUGAGUGGAAACAAACACAAAUGUGCAUUUUGGUUCCAGUUCAAUAAAGUUUGUCAGGUGAAAUAAUGCUGCUGA